AUGCAGUUCACCACCAUCUUCGCUGCGGCCCUCAGCGCCUGCCUCGUCGCUGCUGUUCCAACCGAAUCGUACCUCCCAGAGAUGGGCGACGGCUCCGGUGAGAACAUGUGCGGCAACCAGCAAAAGGCAGCUUGCUGCAACGGCGACAACCAGGCCGGUGGCCAGGCUGGUCUCAUCGGUGGCCUUCUCGGCGGCCUCCUCGGUGGCGACUGCACCCUCUCCGUCCUCGGCGGUGUCUGCAGCCAGGGCUCCGUUGCAUGCUGCCCAACCACCAACGUCAACUCACAGAGUCUCGUUUCCCUCGGCUCCGUCUGCGUACCAAUCUCCCUCUAA